CGACGCUUCUGUGGAGUGUGUGUGAGUGUGUGUGUUCUUGAAGAUGACGAAGCAAAUGGCAGCGCUGCGGCUACUCGGGGUCUUCAUGGCUCUGGUGGGCUGCUGCUUGACGGCAGUGGCUGGCUCUAGUGGCCACAACAGCAUUCGAGGUCGGGUCGUGCCCCCGGAAAACGUCAACGUGAUUGACUUUUUCCUGGCGACCAAGGUGCUGCUCGAUGGCGGCGCUCACGUGACAUUUCUGGCCAAGGAUGGCACCUUUGAGCUCACCGGCAUUCCAAGCGCGUCCUACCUCCUCGAGGUGGUGCACCCCGACUUUUCCUUCAACGCCUACCGCGUCGACGUGGACGACCGCUUUGACUUUGGCGCCCGCGUGUUUCAGGCAGAUCCCGUCGGCGGUUUGCCACCUGUCAAAGUCACCUACGAUGAGGACGUUGGCCUUCGCGUGCCCACCACCAGUCGCACCUCUUACUUUGAGCCACGCAAGCCCUGGAACAUCAUGGAACUGCUGAUGAACCCCAUGAUCUUGAUGGCGCUCCUACCCAUGGCCCUCAUGUAUCUGAUGCCUUCCAAGGAGACCAUGGAGGAGAUGCAAAAGGAGCUUCGCCAAGAGACCGGACAUGAGCCCAUGGCCAACAACCUUGCCAACUUUAGCCUGGCCGAGUCCUUGGCCAGCCUCACGGGCAAUCAGCAGAACGGCGAGGCGCAGCCCGCUCGCAAGAACCGCAAGAAGGCCAGCCAAUAG